AUGCCCUCGGUUUCAACAACCGAUGCGCUGGCUGCCCAGUGGAUCAAACCGAGUGACAUAUCCACAAUCCUGUUCAUCCUCGGCGGUGAUGUCGUCCAGAAGGCCUUCUCGCUGGGCACCGGGAAGGUUUACAUACCCGUCUGUUUUUCAUUCGGGUGCGCCGCCUACGCCUUCAUCGCGCUGGUCGGCAUCAUUGGCGACGGCCGUCUCCUUUCCCCCUCCGACUACGCCUGCAAAGUCCUCAACCUCGGCUCGGAGUACGUGCGGGAGAGUAGGAACUUCGUCCUUGGCCGCCUCCUCCGAGAUCUCGAGGCAAUCGAGUCCCGCCGGGCCGGACGUAAGGACGAGAACAGCGAUUACUCCCUCAGGAUCUCGGUGUACGAGGCCCAAUGGAACGGGAACGCCCCGACCGAGUUCUCAUGGAGCCACAUCCAUCUCAUCGGGGCUGUCGUGACCUUGAUUCAGUUCGGACUAGCCCUGGUUCCCCUCGUCAUUAACCGGUCGUGGAGCGUCCUCCUUAUCACCGCUGCCGGGACGGUGUUGGUGCAGUGGACUGGGCUCCUCCCGCAGUAG